AUGGCAACUUCGCAUAACGGAUCCAACAUUACGUCCAACUUAACCAACCAGUUUGUACAGCCGCCGUGGCGCGUCGCGCUCUGGUCGGUUGCCUACAGCUCCGUGCUUGCGGUGGCUGUGUUUGGAAACCUUAUCGUGAUAUGGAUCAUUCUUGCCCACAAGCGAAUGAGGACAGUGACGAACUACUUCCUGUUAAACUUGGCGUUUUCGGACGCAUCAAUGGCGGCGUUUAAUACUUUGAUAAACUUUAUCUACGCUGCCCACGGGGAGUGGUACUUCGGAGAAGCCUACUGCAAAUUCCACAACUUCUUCCCCGUCACAUCAGUGUUUGCAAGCAUCUACUCCAUGACUGCGAUAGCUGUAGACAGGUACACGGCCAUCAUCCACCCUCUGAAGCCUCGUCUGUCGGCAAAGGCCACCACGGCAGUUAUCGUCUGUAUCUGGAGCCUGGCUGUGGUUCUGGCCUUCCCUCUCUGCUACUUCUCUACCAUUAAAAUUCUGCCUCGCAGGACCCUGUGCUAUGUGGCUUGGCCCCGCAUGGCUGACGACCCCUUCAUGUAUCAUAUCAUUGUGACAGUUCUGGUCUAUGUGCUGCCCUUAGUGGUGAUGGGAAUCACUUACACCAUUGUGGGGGUGACUCUGUGGGGUGGGGGCGAGAUCCCCGGAGACUCAUGUGAUAGCCAUCACAGACAGCUCCAGGCUAAAAGGAAGGUGGUGAAGAUGAUGAUCAUCGUAGUGGUGACCUUUGCCCUCUGCUGGCUGCCCUAUCACGUCUACUUCAUUGUGACGGGGCUCAACAAGCGUCUGAGUAGGUGGAAGUACAUCCAGCAGGUCUACCUGUCAGUGUUGUGGCUGGCAAUGAGCUCCACCAUGUACAACCCCAUCAUCUACUGCUGCCUCAACAGCAGAUUUCGAGCUGGUUUCAAGCGAGCGUUUCGUUGGUGUCCAUUCAUCAAAGUGUCCAGCUACGAUGAGUUGGAACUUCGCUCUACACGGCUGCACCCAGCACGCCAGAGCAGCAUGUACACGCUGACACGAAUGGAUACCACCAUGCUGGUGGUUUAUGACCCUGCCGAGGGCAAUGGCAGUGUCGGAGGUGGCUCUGCAAGGAAGCACUCUCUGUCUGCAAGGAAGAGAAGCUAUAUCACAUCUCGCCAUACGGAGAUCAUUGGGUGCAAUGGUGACAGUGCAAAAACACAAAAUGGAGGCGUUCCAAACAUGCAACCCGAGGAUUUCUCUUGAACAGCAUUUCCAUAGACAUGCAUACAACAUAUUACUUACACACAGACAUGUACAACCAUCUAUCUAUUCAUUAUCAUCUGCUUAUCUGGGGUCAGGUUGUGGGGGCUGGAUGUUCAGUAGGGCGGUCCAGACAUCCCUUUUCUCAGCAACAUUCUCCAGCUCUUGCUGGGAGACCCUGAGGCAGCCCCAGGCUAGAUGAGCGAUAUAAUCCCUCUAGUAUAUUCUGGUUCUACCCCAGGGGUCUAAUGCCAGUUGAACAGACUGGGAGCCUCUGAUGGAAGGCACCCAGGAGGCAUCCUGAUCAGAUGCUUGAACCACAUCAGCUGCCUCCAUUCAAUGUGAAGGAGCAACUGUUCUACUUCAUGCUGCCUGUCUGAACUCUGCACCUUAUUUGUAAGGCUGAGUCCAUCCACCUUAUGGUGGAAACUCAUUUUAGCUGCUUGUAUUUGUAAUUUCAUUUUAUCAGUCACUAUGUCCAUAGGUGAGGGCUGGAGCAUUAGAUUGGCUGGUAAAUCAAUAGUUUUGCCUUCCAGCUCAGCGCCCUCAUCACCACAAAAGUCUAGACAUCACCCAUAUUACUGCUGCUGCAGCACCGAACCACCGGUCAGUGCCACACUCCAUUUGAUGCUCCCUCAUGAACAAGACCUAGAGAUAAUUAAACUCCUUUGUUUGGGGCAGCAACUUGCUCCUAACCUGAAAGGAGCAAUCCUAUGGCAGAGAACCAUGACUUGGAGGUGAUGAGACACAUGCAUGUAAACAGGUUUAUACACACAUAUAACAUGCAGUACAUAUAAACAUUGUAUGUGGUGUUUGCUUAAUUUAGAAGCAGUGUAUCAAGACUGAAGUGGUUAAUGUGCAGAAAAUGAACAACUGGAUAUAGAGAUUUUUGAAUAUAUUAUCAUGAUGAUAAUAUAGAUUGUUUAAGAGCAUGGAUGGAUUACUGAACAAGCCGUCUAGGCAAAGGCAACAAGACCAGCACCUCUGUUUGAAGUGAAGGUUAAUCCAGUCAAAAGUAUGAGAUCCUACUCUUUUUUAUUUUGGCUCGUUAUAUUCAUCAGGCUCAUUACUCAGCCCAACACAUUUCAGUAGGUUCCUAUAAUGGGAAAACCCCUUUUCAGUACAUGGAAGUGUUGCAAAUGAGGAAUCUGUGACAAAGAGUCUUCAGUGUACAUGUUACCGAAGUUCAUUAUUUGGUAGGUAAGAAGGGGGACCUUUGUCUGUGCCUAUGCGUCUGUUGUCUCAUAAUCUGUUAAUGCUCAAAUGUAGCCUUAACAACAUAUGAAGUAAACAGUGCUGGCUUUGUACAGUAUCAUGCACAUUUCCAGCACUUCCCCAUGGAGUGAUAACGUUUAAGAUUUCCUCUUUUCCAAUCAGAGUUCCUCUGUGUCCUUCUUCUUCAAUUAAACGUUCACCUCUGAUUGCGAUUAGCAUUUAAAAACAGGCAGCGCCAUGGUGUCUUGGUAAUGUCUCAAUCCCACGGUUCAAUUGAUAGAUAAUGAAAUUAAUCAGUUGUGAUUGAAGAUAAGUUAUGAAAAUAUAUUCUAGAAUGGCAAGACCCUGUCACAAUGAAAAUAUUAAUCACACAGUAUGAACUGUAAUUGUGCUUGUAACUAUGUAAGUAUUUCACAGUUUUUAUUUUCAUAUAUAAACUGUGACCCUUAUUUGGCACAGAGAAUGAACUCUGCAUUAUUUCCCUCUGAAGCCUGAGGCUGCAGAGAGUCACCAAUGGAAUGGCUGUUGAUUGAACUCUGUUUGGCUCCAUAUGUGCUUCUAAGUUUGGCUCUGAAAGUAUUGAAAUUGAAUUUGGCUUUCAAUUAUGUAACUGUUGUAACGGCCAUGUUUCCUGGUUACUAGUGAUGAGCCAGAGGCGAAAUCCACUAUACACUUUCAAUAAACAGACUUCUGGAGAAUGCACAGAUUGAAAGUGAAUUACUCCAUUAGGGACUGAUGCAUCAAUUUUACAUUUACAUCCAAGUGAAAGUAAAAAUUAAUGAAGCUGCACAGUGAAGUGCAGUCAGUCCUUGUUUUACUGUUCUGUGAUGUUGUUUUAAAGUCUUGUAUAUGAGUAAUCUUAAAUUAGGGUAGUUUUAGCUGUUGGCAUUGUUGUUUCUUUCAGUAUCCUGUUGUCCUGCACUGCAUAUUAAUUUAACUCUCUGUUAAGUGUUGAAUAUGCACCAGAUAACACAUUAGCCUGUGUCAUGUUUACACCUGUGACCACUGCAACACAAUUGAGUUUAUCUGUGAUCACUGCAACAAAAAUGGGUGCACCUGUGACUUUCAGUUGAGGAAAAUUGUAUAAACAAGGUUAUGCAAUAACCUUUGAAUACUGCAGUUACCUCAGUUCAGUUCCACAUGGUAAGGAAUUGCCUGAACAAGUAAGAAACCAGAUUGUGAGACACUGUAAAAAUGGAAGUCAGUACAAGAUAGAUAGAUAAAUAGAUACUUUAGUCAUCCCCCAUGGGGCAAUUCAAACACCCUGUAGCUUCCACACAGAUCACACAAUAAACAGACAUAAAAGAUAUUCUAAAAUCUAAUACACUAUAAAAUUCUUUAAAAUGUACAAAUAGUAUUAUUGCACAGCCCCUAUUCAUAACUACAGUGUCCACUCUUACACAGUUCUCACAGAUAGUGACCUGAUGGCAGCAGCAAGAAACGAUCUUACAAACUGGUCAGUUCUGCAGCACAGAGAGAUGAGUCGUCCACUGCUUCCUCUGUAGGCAUCUCUCCACCACAGCACUCCGUGAGUCCGGCUGCCUCCUAACAGCUGAUAUAGCCUCCUCUACCAGCCAGCUGUCUGGUGUCCUUAUCUUUCAUGCUGCUCCUCCAACAGAGUGAGGUGUAAAAGAGAACACUCGCCACCACGCGACAAUGAUCCCAAACACAAUGCAAUUAUUACACUUUUUUAAAUAAUACAACACUUUUACUUUAAAGCUGACGGCAUAACAAGAAAAACCCUCCAGCAAAGAGCAGAUGAAAAGAAUCAUCUGUGAGGAAUGGCAGAAUGUUUCUCCACAAAUUCAUACAAGGCUGGUAUCCAAGCCCAAGACGAUCAAAUCAGGAAUUAAAAAAUAAAGGUGGACUGAAUUUGUUACAUUUUUCAGUUUUUUAAAAUUAAUUGGCUUCAUUCUUCUGGGCUUUGCCUAAAAUCUUAUACUCUAAUAAAAUUACAUUAAAUGGACAGGAUUUGUGAUUACUUAACAUUUUAGUGACAGUAACAUUUUACUAACUGGGGUGUGCUUGGUUUUGUUGUAUACACACACACACACACACACACACGCACACACACACACACACAUAUUGUCCCUUCUGACUCAGCACAGACGUGACCACAAAUAAAGGGAGAGAAAACGUUACUGUACAGGGUGUAUUCUUGAGUGUUCCCAUUUUUCACUACUUGAAUUAAGUGUACAUAUAGUUACUGUAUAUACAGUAUAAUGUUGUGUCACUUUUGUAUUUUGAAGCAUUGUUUUUGCACCAUAUACAGUAUACAGCACCUUAUUCCAAAAUAUUUUUAAAAUCAUCUUAGUGUCUUGCUGGUUGCAGAAAUUAAAACCAUAAAAUCCCAUACAGUAGUAACUGUUCUUAAUUGUUUUUAACAGCAUUUUUGAAUAUUAAAAAAGUAAUGGAAGUAUUUAUUCAAGAAUGUGAAGAAGUGUGUUGUGCAUUUCAGUGUCGUAUUUUAAGUUGUCGAAUGAUAAUUUUAUUGAAGUUGGUAAAAUAUAUGCAUGUGGUAGUUAAGCUAUAGUAUUAUUCUGAUUUCUCUGUAUAAAUAUAUGUUUUGCAUGUAUGUACAGGACGUCAUGUGACUGUCUCUGUCAAGUAGUGACUAUACUCUUUGUUGUGUCUUUUAAAGGUAAACAGUUCACUUCAACCUGAGCCUCAUUACUUUAUUCUGAGCAUUAUGCAGUCAGUUCUGAUGUUGUUACUUCUCUAAAAUGUUUUGGCCUUUUUACACUGAAGGCAGUGUUGCUUCAGCCACUCUUAUUCCAAAACAGGAGCUACAUUGAAAAUCGUAGAAUUAUCCUUUACACAAAUAAUUAUAAAGUUAUCAUUUCUAGUAAAUAAAAAUUAUAUGUGAAAUUGUAGAAACUCUUUGUAACUGAAGAUGCUAAGGGAUAUUUACUAAACCUGUCGCAAAUUACUGUCAGGCGGGGAAAGUAUUGCAAUGCCACAAUUUUACAAUUUAGCAGCAUAUUUACCAACACUGGUGAUGUAAAUGAGCACAGCUGCAGCUGUGGUAAUCUUAAUACACCUCCACUUUGGAUCUGCUGCCUGAAGGCUGCACAUGUGGACCGAUAGUGAGUGCAGAAGAAAGUCUAAGUUUACAGCGACCAAUCUUUAAUAUAGUUGAAGAAAUCAGCAAACAUGUUUUGGAAUGGCAGUCACAUAGUCUCCUGCCAGUAAAAUCGUCUUUUAUUUCAUUCAGUAAUUGAAGCAUGGUUUUACCUGAGAGCCUGUAAAGGUCCCUCACAUUCUCCUCUGGUGAGCGAUGUGAUUUGCAAAUGCCCUAUUCCUCUUCAGUCAUGUUAAUAACUCUGACAGUGUCUCAGCUAACUAACAGCUGCCAUGCUGUGAGCAGGGGCCCAAACUUUACACCUGAUUUCUCCUGACGUUAAAUUUCAGCCACAUUUUCCUCUGUCACAGCCGUGAUAAAUCAGGCGCUGAGGGUAUUUGUAUAAAUUUCCAUUCUUCCCCUAAAAUGGGGUGGCUGUGGCU